AUGCCAUUACCAUCCACGCUACCUUCACCAGCACCUCCCUCACCACCAGUAGCGACAUCAAAACUUGAUCUUGACAUCAACGGGCUUCAGAAGAUUUUGCAGCAGAUCGACGAAUCGUUUCAUGCUAGUGACGACGACGUAGACCGCAGACUGCGGCUUCAGCAUCUGGAACGGCAGCAGGUGGCACUGCAACAACUCUGUGACGCGGCGCUACAGCAGCAAGACGGUCAAGCAGUCCCUCCGGCAUUGGAUAAUAGCACGGAUGUACGACCCAUCACCUACAAGGUUCUUGAUACCGAUGUUGUCUCAACACCGCGGUCCAUAGAUGCAUUUAAUCCCUCUCACAACACCCGAGAGACACUCCAGUCCAUUGCACGCAAGACUGAAACCUGUCUACGUUCUCCUCAUGCCCCCUUGGUCGCGCCACCUCGGUUGCUUUCUCCGUCACGAGUCACAUCGAUGCCUCACAUGGGGGCGGGCACCACCGCCCAGGGAGAAGUAAAAACUCCAGACCAUGCUGGCGUAGCAACCGCGAAGAUAUUUCCCCUUCGGUCACCUGAGUUGCCACCAACAUAUCAUGACGGUGCCGCAGUUCAGGAAGACCGUGAUCUUGUUGAAUCAUUCCUCGGUGAUGGGCGGGCCAAAGCGCAACACCCGUACGCUGUGGAAGAAGGCGGUGUCCAUAGGGUGCGGGGGUCGACAGGUGGAUGGCAGCAGCGUGGGAUUCAUACCCUGCGAGGUGUGCGUUCUUGUCGUCUUAUGGCUCCUCGGAUGUCAUCCGGGACCGACCGCACUGCCUCGCCGGAGCACUUUGACAUUGGUGAGGAUGAGAAGUUAAUCCGGCAGCUUAUUGGAAGGAAUGAGACACGUGUCAAGGGGUCCACAAACAGGAAUAAUCACUGCUUUCAAACGGCUCCCACGAAAGGGGAGAAUGUUGCCGCCCAUUCGUGUGGUACCGAGGGCCAAAUACACAGACAUUCCACAGUGCCAUCUGCUAGUGGGAGGCAACCUGCCCAAGGCGAUGCCCACCCUACUAGCACAAGCAUGGCUCACAACCCACAUAAGGAGGAUUGUGCUGCGAGAAAUGGACACUGGGUGCGGGGCAAAAGUGUUAAGGAGCUAACGCAGAAAAUGGAGUGCCUGGCGCGACACCUCGUUAAGUGCAUGCGGGACCGGCUUCAGUUGCAGUACCGUGUUGACCGCCUUGAGGGAAUGCUAGAUGUUGCUAACACAGAGGUUGGGAGACUGAGGAGAACUCUGGAGCAAAGGGAGGAGGGUACAUUGACGGAGUCUGCGUGGCGAGCGACCAUAAAUGCGAAGGAGCGCGAAUUACGGGUUUGUGAAGAUGAAAUCCGACGUCUUCGUAUCCUCGUGGAGCAGCAGGUGACACGGCAGGGAUGCGGCCUGGCACGUCAGAAUGAGGCUGCGGCACUGCAGCAAGCGAAGGCCGAUCUGGAGUGUAUGAUGCAGGAGCUCGGUGUUGCACAUAUGCGUCGGAGGGAAAUGGAAGAGGAGUUUGAGCGCACAAAGCAAGCGCUCGAUGCAGCAGAGUCACACAUACAAAUGCUAGACAAACGACUGGCGCAAGCGGAACGAGCUGCUGCACUGGCGCGAGUGUGGGACGUUAGUGGUGACCUGAAUGUACAAGUGGGUGAUGUUCCUUCUGCCCCGGCGUCAACCGCACUCCAAAAAGGGCUCCCAGAGGCAAAGUUGAAGCUGCAAGCAAAUGUUGGGAACGUAGACAGCUGGACACAUGAUGCACAACGUGAGAUCGCUCGGCUCACCGCUCAUAUUGAAAAUCUAGCACUGAAGCACGCAGAAAGUGAUCGCCACGCUGAACUGCGAUUGUCGAAUGCUCGCAAGGAGAGCGAUGUCCUCCGCAGGCAGUGCAAUGAACUUAGAGUGGAAGUGAGGUCACACGAGGUGCAGAUUGAAACCCUGCGGAGGGACCGUGUUGCGGUUGGUUUGAGAGAAGGACAACUGAGGCAACAACUCCUGGAUCUUCGCGACGAUGCCGUUUUACUUGCUGAUCUCCUGCAAGCCACCACCAAAAACGCGAAAGGGAUGCUGCAGAUACUGGGAACGGAUGACGUGGAGCAUCGCCAGUCGAAAGCAGCUGUUGAGCGGUUUGUUGCAGGUGUGCUGUGCGACUUCGAUGCGUUGGGGCGUUUCUUUGGAGCAUUACAGUGCAUAGAUAUAGGCGAGUCACGGUGUCAGAUGGAAGAAAGGGUGUCGGUGUCUGAAGCCACAGCGGCGAGAAGGGACUUCGUAUUGAAGGCUGUAGAAGAUGCCAUGGAACGUCCUUCGCAGGGAUUUGGACCCGCCACGUUGUCCAGCAGCAAGCCGCCGUGUGUUGAAACUUUGCAAGCCGCACACGAGUCGCACCGUCCGUCUGUUGCGGCUGACUGCAUCCUUGCCACAGGCACGCGCCCACCGGAAGAUCGGAAACCGCCAACAACGUCGUCGACCCCCUCCCCCGCACACCCCGUACUUCGGUGGGUGGCAGAUCAAAACAUUAGUCUCGAAGGCGUAACAGCACCCGACGAGGGUAACCAACCGCAGAAUGGCGCAAAGAUGGCUGAGUCACGUGCCUCGGUUAUGGAAGGUUGUACCGGGAGAAAUUUGGAACAGCAGAGCAGUAAUGACUUUUACGCCUUGUCUGGCACGAACACCGACACUGAGCCAAAGAUAUCGUUGUUUCCCACUACCUCAUGGCCCUCACCGCAGGGUGCGCGGAGGGGUAGCCCGCCUUCUCGCCUAUCAGAUCAAGCAGAGUCGCACGUGUUGAUACAGGAUAGCGCCCGCAGCCGCAUUUCCACCGGCAUUUCAUUUCUUUCUAAGGCACCUGACGGUAGCGGCACCGUGGCUAGUGAGGGUAUUCCUCACCUACAACAACCACUUUCACACUCAAUGGUAUCGUCACAGAGUCAUAUGGUGGAGGAAACUAGUGAUGAGAGAUCCUCGGGCCCCAUGCUGUCGGUUGUCGCUGCCACCACCCGUCACGUUGAUACACUGAGCGCGCAGGCGGUGGCAAAUAGGGUGGACGAUGUUGAUUUAAAGGGAGUGACACUUGAAUUAUUGCGAGCUGAGGACAGGACUAGUGUCAAAGUGCACCCCGCCGUAAGCUGGAACACUGGGGCAGAAAACAGUGCCGAGAAGGAUGGUGUUGGAGGCGAACAAACUGAUUUAAACGAUGUACCUGUCACUGAGGUCAUGCGUCACCUGCAGCCGAGAGAUGACAGUCCGGAGAACAGGAAACAAACACCUCCUCGUCUCAUGCCGCACUAUGUGGUGACCCACGCAUCCAGCACGGCUACUGCAACCCGAGAGGAGCGGUCGGGUGCCCCGGUGGGUAGGCGACCAGCGGUUCAACAAGCUGCUGAUCCUGCGCCCCUGCGACGGGCAGUGGUGGGAGGAGGGAGAGAUGGAAGAGGUAGAGGUAGAGCAGUUGCUUUGGCUGAACCACAGCGUCCUACCGCUGCGCGACCAGGGGCGGCACUGCUGCCAAGUGUGAAUGAUGUGGGACCGGAACCACGAAACAAUACAGUCACAGCGACAAUGGUGUCAGGAGAAGCGGGUACCGCACAUCGCCAUCAUCUCCCAGUAGGCACAGAAUUCCUGUCCCUGCGGCAACCGGCACUCGCCAAUGCCCAGUCUAAACCGAAAGACUAA